GUCACGUGAUCAGUAGCGCGGACAAAAGCAAUUGAGUGCUUUUGUCCGCUGAAUGUUUCCUUCGAUCAAGCAUAAAAGACACUUGAAGCGUGUCUACUGAUGGUGAAUAUAUCAUAACCCACGUAUGGCCUUUGUAACGACUGUAAAUUGAUCUGCUUUGUUGUUUUGUCUUCGUUCGUUGUGUUAUUGUUCUUUAGAAGGGAGAGUGAUGGCAGAGACAAUUCAAACACACAGCUUGGAAAUUUCGGAAUUCAUAACAGUGUUUGGUAGGUUAGUUUAAAAGUUACAAGGGAUGAGUAUAUAGCUGUCGGAGAUUCUGAGACUGUUUUUCUUUCAUAUCUGUAGGUGAUUUUAGAAUAAUAUUAAAAAAGUGUUGUGUACAUCAAUAUUAAGCACCUGAUAACUAUUUUGUGUUUCAUGUAUGGAUAUCACUCGAGGCUUCAGAUGAGCUAAUGAAGUGAAAGAAUACGUUUAUGCUGCAUGUGCUGACUAUUCGAUACGGAACUAAGUAAAAUCCAAUAUCACUGAUUUGUGACAAACGUUAUUACUUACUCAAGAAUAUGAAUCGAAGUCAUAUUGGACCACACGUGCCCUUGCUGCAGCGUAUAUUUUGUGUUUUAUCAAUAAUAGCAAUCCCAUUAGGACUUUCAACACUUGUUGGCGGUGUCUUGAUUAUAAUAUUCUUGUCUGGUGCAGCAUCUGCAGCGUCUGGAGCAAUUGUGAUCUUCGUUGGAUUCUUAAUAUGUACAUUAACGCCUUUCAUAUCCUAUAAAAUUUUUAAUCUUCGUAUCAAGUUAUACGAAGGAUCCCCAAGGAUUGUAAAGAGCUAUGGAGAGUUUCCAAAUGAUCUCACCUACCCUCAAAGAGGGAUGAAUCUCUACAACGUUGCCGAGUUUACUGAUGGCACACAGCCGGGUGGAACUCAAACACAAGCUGGCCCAUCGAGGUCCACAUACCUUCCAGCAGAAAACGAAAUACGCCUUGACUUUGAAGAACAAUCAACAUCUUUUGGAGCAAAUAUGACUCCACAGACUGAGUCGGAGAGAGAAGAAAAACCGUCUCAACCCCAAAUGUUAUCAUUCGUAACGUCGCAGCCUAAAUCCAAAUCUGAUUGGAAAUCAACAAAGACAAAACCUUUGAGGCCAAGUAAGCAGCAAAUGGUUGACGAAAAUCCGGGUGUUUACUAUUCCACGGUUAAAGACGAGAAUGGAGGACAGCAUUUUAGUGUUUCUAAUCCAGAUUUACCACCACGUAAUGUGAGCAGACUCCAUCCACAGCCGAAUAUGCAAUCCGAUGAUAAUGCCAGUCGAACAAAGAUAUAGAUUUAACAAAACGUGACUAGUCAGCUGCUCUAUUCUUCAUUCGCAGUCCACCAAAUCCAAUUAAAACCGCUGCGCUUAACCGGUAAACAAAAAAUGGAUUUUUAAAAUUGAUUUGAAUAUCAAUCAAGGACCCAACAAAGACUAUUGCCCAAUCCUGAUGUUUUAUUCCUAUCAUGAAUCACUCCCGAUACAAGUACAUACAAAUCACAUCAGUUUCAAAGUAAACUACUAGAAUUUUUAAGACGAGUGUAAAUAUUCUUUUUUCAGAUUAUUGAUAAAUAUUUCAUAUACUUUUUUUUUGUAAACAAUAUUGUUCAUGAAGAGUGUUUUUAUAUUAGAUGAAAUAUUUACCUAAAAUAUAUAUAUAUAUAU